UCUUCCUAGCACCACAUCACACGCCACGCUCUUUCCCGUCGCUCAUGCAUUUCCAAAAGGAGCAGGGAAUUCAGCUUCAUCAAAUCAUCUGCCUGCAAAGACAGGAGCAUUACAGAGAUCGCUUCAUCCUGACCAGAUCUGGAACCCAGAUUGGAAAUGGUGUCUGCUGAAGCGACUCCCCACUCCUCCCCCCCCCGUUGGAUUCGAGAUCUCAGUGAAGACAAUUGCAGUAAAUGAGGACAUUUCAGGAGUGCGUGGCUGCUGCCGCCGCUGCCUAGAGGCGAACGCUCUCUUGUUCACAGCUGAAUAAAUGUCUCAGUGUGAUAGCUAAAGGGGUGGUGGUGAUCGAGUCUCCGGAAAGCAAAAGAACAUUUCCAGCCGGUCUAUCUUGCAGUAGAUGCUCUACACCCGUGGAUCGUUUCCCUGCAAGCUUGCAGAAGUGAACGGAGAGAAAUGCAUCACAAAGGAAUUGCACAGACUUUUAGUUAUUUUUAAGGCAGCGUAAGGUAAGCUUUCCACUGCAAUUAAAACAUGUUACCCUGAACUGUACUGCUACCGACAGAUCUGGAGGGAUCAGACAGUCUGCUUUGCCACCUCCCUGAGAGGGGAUUCAUGCAAAUAGCAUCAUGGUGAGUAAGGAAUCCAGCAAAUGCUUACUCACAACAUCAGAAAGUGAAGUUGAGCCAGCAGCUUCACUUGCUUUGGAGAUGAAAUAUGCAUUGGAUCCCAAUCGACAAAUUAAGAAAAGAAACAAAGCCCUUCAGGUGAGAUUUAAAGAUAUCUGCGAGGCCCAGAAUGAACAAAGGGACAAACAACUAUCUACAGUACAGCAUGCAGACAAAAGAGAAACAAAGCCUAUCUCUUAUAAAGCAGCUUAUCGUAAAUAUAUGACAGUGCCCGCACGAAGGUCCAUACCUAAUGUUACUAAGAGCACAGGAGUUCAGACCUCACCAGAUCUUAAGAAGUGUUACCAGACAUUCCCUUUGGACCGCAAAAAAGGGAAUAUUAUUAAAAGUGUCUCAGCUGUUGACACCUUUAAGAGUCAAAACAAUGGAUUUUUAAUAGAUAUUAAGGAUGAAGAUAGUAAAAACUCAGGGGAGGUUGCUCAUUGUAGCAAGAUCAGUGACCUAAAGACAGCAGAGUUUAUUUCCCAUACUCAUGAACGCAUGAAUGCAGUAGAUCAGCCUUCUAGUGACAACUGUGCAGAGGCAUGUAAAAGCACUGAUUUGCACAGCUGUACUAAAGAACCUCCUUCUCUUCAAAACUCAGCAGACUCUACUUCAGAAGAGCCUGAUUACCAGCUGCACGAUAACGCAAAACAUGAUACAGUGCCUCUGGAUAAUGAGGAAUCUAAUCAAUCAGCACAUGGGAAAGUGUUUAAGACGGAAGUAGCUACAAUUUAUUUACCGGCAUCCAGUUCACAUGCCACACAGCCUGAUUCGCAAAACUCUGCAGCAGAGACUGAAUGGUCACUAUGCCCAGCAACAGAUGAGGAAAAAAAGAGAACUGUGCAUCUUAAUGGUCUGCAAUCCCAGUCAGUAAAUGCUCAGGCCUGCUCAACACAGGCACAGUGCCAAUCAGCCGAAUGUAAUGAACAGACCCUUCAGAUAAAUGUUUCACCUAUGGAAGAAAACCAGCCUUGUCAGACAGCAGUUGCUGUGAGUGAAGAAUGCCAACAAAUUGUGCCUCACACAGAAGUGGUAGACUUGAAAGCACAGCUUCAGAUGAUGGAGAAUUUAAUCAGCUCAAGCCAGGAAACCAUAAAAGUGCUGUUAGGUGUCAUUCAGGAGUUAGAAAAAGGAGAAGCUCAUAGAGAAGGGCUUUCAUAUCGGACUGGUCAAGACACAGCUAAUUGUGACACAUGCAGGAACAGUGCAUGUAUUAUCUAUAGUGUGGAGUUGGAUUUUAAACAGCAGGAAGACAAACUACAGCCGGUUCUGAGAAAACUUCAUCCUAUUGAGGAAACUCAGGUUGCACCUUUGCCUUAUUCUCAGGAGAGUUACUCCUCAACUCCCAAACAAAAAUCCAAAACUGAAUCAAAAAAGCAUGGAAGAUGGAAACUCUGGUUUCUUUAACUAAGUCCAUUAGCUAUGGAGUUUAAGGCCUUCUUUGAAACAUAUUUGGAAUUCAGUUAAUCAUCUAAAAAGGGAUCUUGGUAAUUGAUCAGUGUUAUCAGCCAUUGUUACUCUGGUUAUUAUGGGCAGCAUUCAGUUCUCACCGUAUGUACCAAAAAGGCCUUUGUACCUAUAAACUAAUGUUCAUGAGCAAGGCAUUAACUCAUACCUUGCCAACUUUUAUUUGCAGUUCACCAAUGUGGGAUGUAAAAUCAAAACUGAAAUUUGUAUAGACAAAGAUGACAAGCAAAACUAUUUUCCCACCACACCACCCUCCUUAGAUCUGCAAGUGUUACGUUUCAACCUGGUAAACGGCAUCCUGCACACAGCUAAAAUAACUAUUUUAAAGCCUUUUUAUGUUCUGUUUCGUUUUAAACAUUAAUAAGGAAAAAAUGCAAGCCUUGUGUUUGCAAAGAUCUUCAAUUUUACAUUUAAUUUUGCAAAUAAGUGGGGGUCAUGAGAAGUGCAAUUUUUAGCACAUAAUAUCCUGGAGAAAGCACAACUUUUCAAAUGGUCCAAGACCAUGAAUAAUCUCUAUGAUGUGACUAUAUAUGUGUAUUUGCCUUCAUGUGCUAUAGAGUUAAACCAAGUUAUUACAUCUCAGCGUCAUACUGACACCUCUUAUUUAGUGUCAUAUUUAUCACCGGACUUAUGACAUAUUUACUGCUCAUUUUAAAGGAUGAGCAGCCAGAAACCACCCGAAGUCAGGACACACCUUUAAUCGCUAAAAGUUGACAGGGUUGAAGCUAUGGGACACUAACCUUUCUUAGAUCUCAUUUUUAUAUUUUGGUACCCAAAGGCCAAAAUGCUAUAUUCUGGCACAGAAUAUGAAAAAAAUAAGAUGGAUAAUAAUAAAAUGAUAGAUUGUUGGCAGUUGCCACACUUUAAAUCCUUUCUGUAAUUCAAUCGUCAGAAAAACUGUACGCUAUUGUAGAGAAAUUUCACAGUACGUAUUAUGCUUUAUUACAAGAGUUCAGAAGGGCCUGGCAACUUUAAUAGUUAUUUAUUUAGCUGAGCUUCUAAGAUCAAUUUCCAGACCAACUAAUAUCAUUUGUAUUAAAGUAAUAUAUUAACUGUACUAAUCAAUCACACUUAGGGGGGAAAGCUGUGAAUCAAAUUUCUUCUUAGAUUUUUAAAAACAGUAACACUUUAAAUCCACCAUCAGUUAUACACUGCAAUCUUUUCCCUUUCCAUAUUAAGCACUGUCAUUAAAAAACCCUAAUCUAGGUGACCGUCUGGAAAACUCUUGUAAUGAGAGGGAUUGGAAAUCUUGUUUCUUUUUUCUUUUAGUUAAAUAAUUUGAGUAGUGUACACUCAUGUGACAAAAAUGGGAUAGAAGGUACUGGCUCUGCAACUUCAUAUCCCAAGGCAGCAUUAAGAUGCGAAUUUUUCAGUCUUUAGAUGCAGCAAAAAGGUGGAAGAAAUGAAUCCCUAACAGAAGAGUCUGCACCUACUAAAUAAAUCUGGAGAUGUUUAUGUUCAACUCUUUUCCCCCCGUUACCUCAACAUCAAAUCCAUUUUAAGUACUAUUAAUUCUACAAAGAUCCUGAAGCAAGCCGUGUGGUCUUUGUCUUCAAAGUAAAUAGAAAGUUAAUGUGAGUACAUACAGUAUAUGUGAAACUGUUUAUGUCCACUUCAAAAGUAUUUCAACUGGAUGCUUUAAUGAAAAACUCACCUUUGUAGUAAAUGUCAAGAGGGCUACAAAUCCUUGUACAUAAGUAAACAGUAUUCUAAAAUAUUUUUGUGAGAGAUAAAGGAUAAGAAAAGAUGUGCUAUGAAGGAAGUGCAAUUGUUUCAUGUGGGGAAAAAUGUUUCAUGUAUUUUAUACUGUUUUUAAUUAAUUAAAGUUAUAAAACUGUUUACAAGAUAUCCCAUCUUGUUUUAAAAAUUCCAACUAUUUC